UAGACUGUUGGUACCAACAAGGACAGCGUUGACCUUUCCUGUAGGACAGAUGACACGUGCGCGCUGAUGACACCACUAAAACAUGGAGUAGAUAAUAUAAUAUGGCAGACAUGGUACCCGAUGGCGAUAAAGAUAAGGGGGUUCGUUCCCGGUCAGUCAGUCAGGACGAAGGUUCCAGGUUGUUGGGCGAACCGUAUAGCGAUGGAUUUUGCCAGCGGAUAAAGCCCAAGGUGAGCCUUUGCUUGGGUACCACGGCGGCGCUGUCAUUCAUGAUGUUCUUGUUCCUGGUACCAUUCGUCGUUGAUCCGGCCGUGUCCAGGCUGAUCGCCCGGUAUUCACCAGAGCCAGGAACGUGCGCACUUCAAGAACAUGUGUUCUCUACAGGACUCAGCCGAUGUACGUGGUCUUCAUGCAAAGAAGGUUGCACGUCGGCCUCGACCCGUUGUCAUCAAAUUACCGUCAACUAUUCCAUUACGCCAUACCAGCAAUACACCCAGGAAUCGAUGGCACCCGAGUCGUUACAAUGGGCCGGCACGGCUGUGCAGUUCCUAGUGAACACCGAGGGGUGCGGUUACCCUCCGUUUAUUAACUGCACCAAAUUUGCCCGGAAAUACGGUUACAUCGGUUCUGAUUCAUAUUACUCCAUGUUUGUCAGCAUCAAUCAAUCGUCGACCAUAGUACUCUACCGGCACGGCAACACCACGAUUGUCCUACACAACGACCUACCCAUGCGGAACGACAUUAAAGUGUUCCCUUGCUACUACAGCCGAGCGUAUCCGGACAAGGUAGUGGCCGAAUACGAUUGGUAUCACACAGUGAAAACGCUAGUGGCCGCAGUUGCUAUACCAUGGACGCUGUUUAUCGUAUCGUGUGCGGUGCUCUGCUGUUGGUACUGUCCGGCGUUGAAAAAAGAGUUCAUGAUGCAAAGAAAGCGGAAAGUGAAAACAGAAAACCCGCAACUGGUCAUCAGGCGCAAAUUGUCAACACGACCAUUCAGUACAGACGAGGAAGACGACGAUUAUUGAAUGCUGUUUAUAUUGCAACAUCGAGUAUUUUCGCGCGAAAUUCAGUGCUGGAUAAGCUUUUGGUCCAAUUCAAAACCGUUUCAAGCGAUAAUCAAAUAAUUUCUACAUUAUCAAACAUUUAACACGUUGUACAUGUCGAACAAUCUGAUCCAAUUCGUUUUGAACGUUUCUAAAAAAUCGCAGGAGACUCGAUUGGUAGUAUCAUAAACGACGCGUGUAUUACGAUUAAUAUUAUGUGUUUUCCGAUAGCCAAGCAUUGUUUUAAUACGAUAUAUAUUACUAUAGGAAUCAAAACUAAGAGCUUUAUCGAAUUCUCAUAAUAUGCGCAAACCAAUAUUAUAAAAUUGCUUAAUUUUUGUUAUAUUUUUUUUUAUACAAUUUUAUUAGAUACUUUACAUAAUAUUGUAUGUCGCCCGUUUCGAAUCAUCACAGUGUAUUGAUUAUUCACACAACAAAUUA